AUGUCCCGAGUUGGGGGCAUAUGUAUAUGUGAAUCGUCAGUGCCACUCUCUUCUUCAUCCACAACCCUCCGAGCUCGAGCUCGAGCUCGCACUCAGCCUUAUGAGACGGCAGGUGGGUGGGUUGGUGGAUGGGGGGGAUGUGGGUUAAAUAGAUAUAGAUCCCAUGUUUCACUACAAGUGAGCGAAAAUAGAAACGCCCUGCAUGGGCUGAUGUGCUGCACACACUGCCUCACUUCGAUGGAGCAAAAGACGGCUGGAAAAGUGGAUGAUGAUACGCAUCACAAAAAUGCCAAGAACAUCUCCCAUACAUCGCUUUCAAUGAGCCAAAGAGCAAAAAGAAAAUUGGUAAAAUAA